AAUUAAGUAUGGCCAUGUGCUCAGAAUAUCCUGUUUUAAAAGACGUAAAUUCUGUGACAUAUUAUGGAUCAAGACAAUGCUGAGUAAUUGUAUUCGAAACAGGCGAGCUUUUUUAAAGAGAAAGGUCUCGUCAGAUAAAUUUAGUACUGCAAGAAAAAUUCAAAGAACAUCUGUACAGAUGUGUGCUUUGUCUUCUUCAUCUGACACUUUAUCAAUUAGUUCUUCUGACUCAGAUGUGGUCAGAAAUGAUAAAACAGACUUGGAAACACUUAUGUCAAAAUAAAAAAAAACCAAACCCUGCACAACAAAUCUGCAACACAUGAAAAUGUUGAUGUCAAAAACAACAAAACUACGCAGAGAUUGGAUUGUAAAUAAGGCAUUUAAUGCUCGAUGUUUUACUAUUUUGGAUCAGUUUCCUUACUUGAAGACCUCUGAGUUGCUACUGCAUGAUUUUGAUUUACUUGGAGUUUGGAAAAGCAGUGCUAUCCAAAAUCUUGAUAUUCUGUUGGAGAAACUCAGUAAACUUUUCAAGGUGGAGAAUGCAACUACUGAAUCAGACAAAGUUUCCUUGUUAAUGAAAGCUGAAAAUGCAUUGACUCCUAACAAGGCCUGUAGCUCAUGCAAAGCUAUCACUACUAUUGUAAGGUUUACGAGUCAUCUGAUGUCCUCAAAACUGAGGAAAAUGAAUCUCCUCGCCUGGUCAUUUUCUUAGAUGGCUUCAGACUAUCUCAGGCAUUCAUUGUUGCGGACAAAGAAGUGGAGAUGGCUGUGGACGAUCUAACUGUUACGUCAUGUAUUCGUUGUCUCAUGGGCAUGUACUAUGUGUGUGAUAUCAAGUCGUACAUUAAUUUUUUGCAUUUAAUUGAUUUUAAAGUUAUGGGUGUUCCUAAACCUAACCUUUUCAACUAAAUUUUGCACAUUUCUUAAAAAACUUAACUCAAU